GUGUACACUCCUACUCCCUAUUCUGUUAAAAAAAUCAAUUCUAAUAAAUAAUUUAGCGGCCUUGACAAUCUCCACAAGCUGAUUCAUCAUCAUUGCCACUGAAACAUCCGGAUUGUCACUUUGUAUUUAGCAUCUUCAUAACGCUGUCAAUAUGACUUCACAAAGCACCUGUGACAUUGAAGAUGAAGUAAGGAAGGCCAUGAGAGAUUUUAGAUUUCGCAAAAGCAAAAAAAAUGCAGCAUUGAUAAUAAAAGUUAAUCGUGAAAAACAAACUGUUUGUUUGGAUCAACUUAUUGAGGAUGUUGAGAUUGAUGAAUUACAAGAGAUAAUUCCGAGCCAUGAGCCUAGAUACAUUGUGUACUCGUAUAAAAUGGAGCAUGCUGAUGGUAGGAUAGCUUAUCCAAUGUGUUUCAUAUUUUACACUCCGCGAGACAUUCAGAUGGAUCUACAAGUACUUUAUGCAACCAUGAAGCUCGUACUCCAAAAAGAAGUUGAGUUGACCAAAUGCUUUGAAGUAAGAGAGCUAGAGGAGCUCACUGAGGAAUGGCUUAAAGAAAAUUUAUCUAAGUAAUAUAAUACUAAUAUAAUCGUUAAUUUUUAUACGAAAAAAAUAUUCUAAAUAUUAUCCGACUGCCAAAACUUGUCGAUAUUUAAGAAGACUUAUUCAACAAUUCACAACAGUUUAUUAUAAUUUCAUAGUGACAUUUAUUGAUAUUUCCUUUUUUAAACAGUAUUUUGAAAAAAAAUUUUUCAUGACUUUAAACUUUUGAUACGAUAUUAUAAAAUUGGAUAAUUGUAUUUUAAUUAGUGAAAUAUUUUUUAUGUAAAAGAAUUUUUAAAAACUAGUCAAUUUUAUAUUUGAAAUUAUAUACCAAAUAUUUGAGAGGUGGUGGGAAUACACAAUAUUAAAUAAUUGUUUUUGUACAUUUUUUAAUAUUAUCACUCAUCAGUAAUAUUAAUUAUAAAAGUAUUUCUACUUAUCAAAUAAAUAAAGCUAGAAUAAAUUUUUUUGUUACGACAGAGUAUAACAUAAAUCUAAAGCUUCAAAUCAAACGACAAAA